AUGGAUUCUGCAAUAGGCUCAUAUAUUUGCUAAACUAUUGAUUGUAGUAAGCCUGCAACAUUGUAAUGUCCAACUUGUAUAAAAAUGUCUUUGGCUCCAGCAUACUUUUGCGAUUAAGAAUGCUUCAAACGCUAUUGGCCAAUCCAUAAGACUUAUCACAAAAAAUAAGAAGAGCAGGAUGAUCAGAAAAACAAGUUCAAAUUCACAGGUCCACUCAGACCAGGUAAAAUAUCAGCAAGACUAUUUGUUCCUGAUCACAUUAAAAAACCUGAGUGGUAUUUAAGUGGAUAGCCAACUGAGGAGAUGAAAAGUAAACUUCAAUAAGUGGUUGAUUGCAAGACUCCAGAGGACAUUCAGAAGAUGAGAGAGUGUGCAGCUAUUGGCAGAGGGGCAUUAGAUGCUGGUCACGCUGCAGUCAAAGCAGGAGUGACAACCGAUGAAAUCGACAAGAUUGUUCAUAAAUACAUUAUUGAUCAUGAUGCCUAUCCAUCUCCCCUCAAUUACAAUGGAUUUAAAAAGUCCCUAUGCACAUCUGUCAAUGAAGUGAUUUGCCACGGCAUUCCUGAUGAUAGACCUUUAGAAAAUGGGGACAUCGUGAAUCUCGAUGUUUCUGUUUAUUUCAAAGGAUUUCACAUAGAUUUGAAUGAAACCUAUUUUGUUGGUGAAGUAAGUGAAUCAUCAAAGUUCCUUGUUGAAAAAGCCUACACUUGUUUGCAAAAAGCGAUCGAAAUAUGUAAGCCAGGCACAAUGUACAGAGAUGUCGGAAAUGUCAUUGAGAAAUAUAUCACUGAAAAUGGGUUGGCUGUCAAUAGAACAUAUUGUGGUCACGGAGUCGGUUAACUUUUCCAUUGUGCUCCAACUAUCCCACAUUAUGGCAAGAACAAGGCUCCUGGAUUCAUGAAGGUUGGACAUACAUUUACAAUUGAGCCUAUGAUUAAUUAAGGAACUCAUUAAGAUAUCCUCUGGACAUUCGAUAAUUGGACAGCAGUUACUGCUGAUGGCUAGCGUUCUGCUUAAUUUGAGCAUAGUAUUCUAAUUACAGAGGGAGGAUGUGAAGUAUUGACAGCAAGAUUGCCUACAUCACCACCUUUAGACUUUAAAAUAUGAGUGGUAUAAUUUUAUUAGAGUUUAAUAUGAAUUCAUAUCAUCUACCUA